AUGGAUCAAUUUAAAAAACUCUAUCAUGAAUAUUGUAAAACUUAUCAUGUUGAACCUAAUGAAUUACUUUUAGGUGAAAUUCAAAAAGUUUCUGGUGAAGAUAAUAAAACAAAAAGUUUAAAUUUAUCAUCAUUCAAUAUUUCCGAAGCACAAUGUACUAUAUUAGGAAAAAUACUUACACAUGAUUUUAUAUUUACUAGUAUUCAUCUUAAUGAUUGUAAUUUAUCAAGUGAUGCUUUACAGGCUCUUCUACAUGGACUUACAACUAAUACAGCAUGUAAAGCAUUAGAAUUAAAGGGAAAUGGUAUUCAAGGAGCUGGAACUGAAGCAUUAGCUAAAGUAUUAAGAAAAAAUCAAACACUUCGAAAUUUACGAUUAGAAUGGAAUCAACUAGGUUCAAUGAAUACUCCAGCAUUUAGUAUUUUUUGUGAUGCACUUGCAGAUAAUAAAUCAUUAAUUGAUCUUGAUUUACGUAAUAAUGAUAUAAAUCAUGUUGGUGGUUCAGAAUUAGCAUCAGCUCUAAAACGAAAUACAACAUUACGUGCAUUAGAUCUUCGUUGGAAUAAUGUUGGACUCAUUGGUGGUCGAGCUCUAUUAGUUUUAUGUCAAUCAAAUUCAACUUUAAAUGAAUUACAAUUAAUUGGUAAUAAUAUUCCUGAUGAUAUUAUGCAGAGUAUUGCUAAUGCAUUAUCAAAAAAUACUGAACAACAUCAAAUACAUUUUGGACAUUCACAAAAUAUGGCUAUACUUUCAAGACAAUUACAAAAUGUUCAUGAAGAAAAAGAUCGUCAAAUAACAACAACAUUAACACGUAUGUCACUUCAAGAACAAGCAAUGCUUAAAGCAAAUAAAUCAUUAGCUGAAAAAUUAAAAAAAUUACAAGAUGCAUUAGAUGAACGAAAAUUAUCAUUUAAUGCAUUAUCAUCAAAAAAUACUUUACUUGAAGCAGAUUUAACUGUAGCUAAACAACAAUAUGAUGAUAUACAAAAUGUUAUUAAAAAAAUGGAAAUUGAUAAACAAGAAUUAAUAUAUAAAAUUCGAAGAGAAUGUAAACAAGAAAAAGAUGAACUAAUUGAUAUUCAAGAAAAACUUCAACGAGAUUUAAAUGCAAGUCUAGAAAUUCAACGACGUUUAAAUGAAAAAAUUCAAGAUCUUGAACGAAAAAAUGAUAAACUUCAAACAACAGUUCAUGAACUUGGAGAAACUAUAACCAUCAAUGAACGUGACUAUCAAAUAAAAUUAACUGCAUUAGAUGAUGAAAAUCAACGAUUAAAAUUAAAACAGAAAGAAGAUUUAAAAGAUCGUGAAUUAAUAACAAAUCGAGAUAUACAACGUUUAAAAGAAGCUCAUUCAUCAACAGAACAAACAUUAAAAGAACAACUAACUAAACUUGAAAAUAUUCGUACAUCACUCGAACGAGAAAUCAAUUCACUUAAAUCUAAUUUGUCAACACAAAAAUUAGCUCAUGAUGAAACACUUCAAGAAGAAAAAAUUCGAAUUAAAAAUAACGAAGAAAAAAAACAACAAGAACUUGAAGAUCGGAUACAUACAUUAACUACUUCAAAAGACGAACUUGAAUCUCGUUAUAAUCAACAAUUAAUUGCUUAUCGAGAACUUCAACAGAAACUAAAUUUUCAAUCAGUUGAAAUUGAAUCAUUUAAACGACAAAUUGAAUCAAUACAAAUGACAAUUCAUGAUAAAGAUACAGAAAUUCUUGAAACUCGUGAAAAAACUAAAACAGAUUAUGAAAAAAAAUUACGUUCAAUUCAAAAAGAUAUUGAUAUGAAUGAUGAAUUAAAAGAUCGUAUUAAACAAUUAGAAAAUGAAUUAAAAGAUCAACGUUUUAAUGAUCGAAAUACAAUUCGUGAACUUGAAAGUCGUGUAGCUGAAUUACAAACAACAUUAAAGCACCGUGAUCAAGAAAUAAGUCGUUUAAAACUUGAUGAAGAACAAAGAUUACAUUUUCUACGUUCUGCUAUUAUUGAUUAUAUUGGUACAGGAGCCAACACAUAA